GGAAUAACAAGCCUCUAAUUCCCCAUUACCUACUUGAAAUAUGCUUGUAAGCUUUCAUGUUUUAAACCAUACAAUCACUCAAAUCAAUCUCUUCCCACCUCUCUCUUCAGCAACUGAUCGCGUUAAUUUUUUUCUCCUUCUCUCUUCAUCUCUUUGAAUUCAAGUUGACAGGGUGCAUGAUGGAGGAAAUAGGAAGUGGCUCUUGUGAUGAAGCAAGGACUUGUCCUAGAGGGCACUGGAGGCCAGCUGAAGAUGAGAAACUCCGGCAGCUUGUCGAGCAAUAUGGCCCUCAAAAUUGGAAUUCCAUUGCUGAAAAACUUAAAGGAAGAUCAGGUAAAAGUUGCAGACUGAGAUGGUUUAAUCAGCUCAAUCCAAGAAUAAACAGAAGGCCAUUUACUGAAGAAGAAGAAGAAAGACUUCUUGCAGCUCAUAGAAUACAUGGAAAUAAGUGGGCAUUUAUAUCUAGAUUUUUUCCAGGUAGAACAGACAAUGCUGUUAAGAAUCAUUGGCAUGUCAUUAUGGCCAGAAAACAAAGAGAACAAUCUAAGAUUUCUGGUAAGAAAAUUAAUCAAGAAUUUGCAACUAAGGACGACAAAUCUCAUUCCUAUGUUAUUGGAGAAAAGAAUUCUAGAUUCUCAGACAAUGGGAUUCUCGAAUUCCAUAAACAAAACAAAGACAAAAUCUUUACUCUGUCAUCCUCCUCCGGUUCAUACAUAUCGUGGCCAUGUACAAGCCUUUCAACGAAAUAUAAUUUAUCUUCUGCUGCUGAUAUUAUUUUAAGAAAAGGUAGUAAUCAAUACAGUUUUAGCUCUAGCAGUUCAUUCCACGAAGAUUCAGCGGUCGCAAAUUCCUUUGGUUAUUUGGAUUGUCGUUUUGUCAGUAGAAAACCGCGGAUAAUUAAUGGAGAAUUUAUGCAAAAUGGUGCUGAGACAGGCCAAAGGAUUGAGGGCCCAGCAGAGGAAUCAAUCCAAAAGAAAAAUCUUCCCUUCAUAGAUUUUCUAGGUGUGGGAAUCUCUUCUUGAUCACUAUUAUUUGAUUUUUUUCUCUUCAAUUUGUAUGGUAUUACUAGCUUCAAAGUUUUCAUACUUUUGUAUCAUGUUAGUGUAUCAAAAGUCCAACUUUAAGUUAGAUAAUAGUUCAGCAGUUUCAGUUUUAAAUUUGUGGCGGUGACAUAUACUAAUACAAUUUCUUCCAAUUGCAAAUAA